CCGCCGCGGCCGCCAUUGGCUGGGCUCGGCGCAGCGGGCAGGCGGCGGCCGGGCGGGGCAGCCGGCUACGAGGAUGGCGGCGUCCGCGGCGUUGAUCCUGCGGGAGAGCCCCAGCAUGAAAAAAGCAGUGUCACUGAUAAAUGCAAUAGAUAUAGGAAGAUUUCCACGAUUGCUCACUCGGAUUCUUCAAAAACUUCACUUGAAGGCUGAGAGCAGCUUCAGUGAAGAAGAGGAAGAAAAACUUCAAGCUGCAUUUUCUCUAGAGAAACAAGAGCUUCACCUAGUUCUUGAAACAAUAUCAUUUAUUUUAGAACAGGCAGUAUAUCACAAUGUGAAGCCAACAGCUUUGCAGCAGCAAUUAGAGAACAUCCGUCUUAGACAAGACAAAGCAGAAGCAUUUGUGAAUGCUUGGUCUUCUAUGGGUCAAGAAACGGUUGAAAAGUUCAGGCACAGGAUUCUUGCUCCCCAAAAGCUAGAGACUGUCGGAUGGCAGCUUAACCUUCAAAUGGCUCACUCUGCUCAAGCAAAACUAAAAUCUCCUCAAGCUGUGUUACAACUAGGAGUGAGCAAUGAAGAGUCAAAGAACCUGGAGAAAGUUCUUGUGGAAUUCAGUCACAAGGAGUUGUUUGAUUUCUAUAACAAGCUAGAGACCAUACAAGCACAGCUGGAUUCCCUUACAUGAUGUAUUCGAAGACUGGUUUUUGCAUCACACUCCUGCCACCUCAUUAUUUUGCAUUGAAGAUAGAUUGCCAGGUUGUGUUUUCUGAAGGAUUCAGUGGCUUUCUUUCUGUAAAUUAUAUGGCUUAUCACUUCUUAGACAAAUGACAGCCAAGGGAGAUCACUGUUAACAGUACUGAGGUUCUAAUAUACUUUCUCUAGUUCUGUGAGCCAACAGCAAUUGUUAAGAAUGCUUUUGCUUUAAAAGGAACAAAAGUGAAUACUGUUGCUUUAUUGCCUGACCUGCUUAUUUUUUACAUAUUUGAUGACAUCUUUAUAUAUCAGGGAGGAUCCAUGGAUACAAAGUAUAAUGUGUACCCUAGCAGAAUACAGAGCUUUCAUUAUUACGUUAAUAAAAUUAAGAAUAUAGCCACAUGUAAUCAAAUACAUUAUGGCAUUUUUUCCUUGAAUAUGAUGUGUAUAUUUUGCUUGGGAAAUAAUAUAGGAAAGAAAUUUAAAAUAGAGCUAGGAGUAUUAUAUCAAUUAAUUCCAGUGUGAGCUUCUCUGUUAAUUUUAAUUUUUUUCUUUGAGUUUAAUGAUUUAUUAACAGUGCAUGUUUUUAUGUGUUUUUCUUUGUACUUCACAUUAAUAAUGAUUCACUUCAUAGUGUGGGAGACAGAUUCAGAUCAUGAAUAAAAAUAAUUAUAAUGAGUUCUAAAUGGGCAUCCUUAUUCAAAUCUAGUAACUUUUACAUUUUCUUUCUGUAAAUGUUAAUUGAUUUCAGUUAAUAAAAUUUGGUAUCUUAGGAUUA